AUGUCGUUGUGUGGAACCCGUCAACCGGUGUUCGAAGACGGGUUCCGGAAUGGUGUAGUUACUUGGCGUCUCAGUGUGAGUUUCUGUAUGGUAUUGGAAUCUAAUGAGCGUGUUGUGGCUAAUUGCAAGCCUAAAAUCAAGGGUUUUUCUUUGAAAAACAAUUUAGCCUUGUUGCUGAGUAGGAAUGUUGAGUAUGUGGAUUUAGGGUUUGAGUUUAGACCUGGGUUGUUCUUGAAUGAGGCUCUUCAUUGGUUGGUUAAGUCUCGCGUUAAGGAGGUUCUUGUAGUUCUUGCUUUUGAUUUGGUAGAGAGGGGUUUACUUGAGAUUCCUCUGUCACAGGAUUUAGCUAUGGAAUUGACUUAUGAUAAGAAAAUAUAUUAUUUGCGGGUGCUGAAAGGAUGUCUCGGUCUGUGUUGCUCAAGUUUUGGCGGCAUGGCCGAAAUGUGGAUAAUGAAAGAGUAUAAAGUGCAGUCGUCGUGGACUAGGAUUGUUUUGUCGGCUUGUGACAUUUCUCGGAACUCCUUUUUUCCUAUAUGUUUCACUAAAUGCGGCGAUGUUUUCGGAUCGAACGAGUUUGGAAGGUUGUUGAGGCUUAAUGAUGAAGGAAAGCUGCUUGAGCAUCGCGCACUGUGGCGGGGAAAGAGUAGAUAUCGUGUAUUACAUAGUCGUGUGUAUACAGAGAGUUUACUACCAUUCCCUGAUCAAGAAAAUGAAGAUUACCCACCCUUCUAG